AAAGUCUAAAUCUCCCAAAUUAGAAUCGUCAUUGACGAAGCUCCGUAUAAAACCCUUGAGCGCUCUUUCUUCUUCCAAAAAAUUAACACUGAAAUUCUCAAAGGAAAAUACGAAAACAGCCCACCAAAAAACAUUAAAUGGAGGCGUUUUCUUCAAUGGAGAUUCACUAGCUAAGGUGGGGACUACUCCUCCAGACGUAUGACUGUUAGUAGAGAGUUGAUUCAAACCAUGGCUUCCCAGGAAAAGUAUCAGAAAAAAGAGGCAGUUGAAAAACCUCCAGAAAUUGAUGUAGUCGAAAAAUCUAAUAAUCAGGUUGGAGAAAGUUCUGGUGCCCUGCCGCAUCUUGUACGGAUUCACGUAACUGACCGUGACGCCACAGACUCAUCUAGUGACGAGGAGGAGAAGGCUGGAGGAGCGAAGACAGAGCAACAUGGAAAGACGUGUGUAAAGGAAAUCAUCAUUGAGAAUGGAAAGACUGAGGUCAUUCCGAAGAAGAAAUCCAAAGAGAAGAAAGAUAUAACGGUGCUGCAAGGAGAUGUGAAGAAGUACCGAGGGGUUAGACAGCGAAAGUGGGGCAAGUGGGCAGCAGAGAUUCGUGAUGCGAGGAGGAAAACUCGGCUUUGGUUGGGAACUUUUGACACUGCUGAAGAAGCUGCUUUGGCUUAUGACAAGGCGGCCAUUGAAAUAAGAGCCAUGGCUUCCCAGGAAGAGCAUCAGAAAAAUGAGGCAGUCGAGAAGCCCUCAGAAAUUGAUGUAGUUGAAAAACCCUCAGAAGUUGAUGUAGUUGAAAAACCCUCAAAAAUUGAUCUAGUUGAAAAAUCCAUCAAUCAGGUCGGAGAAAGUUCUGUGGUCCUGCCGCGUGUUGUGCGGAUUCACUUACCGGACUCAUCUAGUGACGAUGAGGAGAAGGUUGAAGGAGAGAAGUCCAAGCGACAUGUAAGGACGUGUGUAAAGGAAAUAAUCAUCGAGAAUGGAAAGACCACGGUCAUCUCAAAGAAGUCCAGAGAGAAGAAAGAUAUAAAGCUGCUGCAAGAAAAUGCGAAGAAACGGAUUCACGUACCAGAGUCCGACGCCACAGACUCAUCUAGUGACAAUGAGGAGAAGGUUGAAGGAGAGAAGUCCAAGCGACAUGAACGGAUGUGUUUAAACGAAACCAUCAUCGAGAAUGGAAAGACCCACGUCAUCUCAAAGAAGAAGUCCAAUGAGAAAAAAGAUGUAAAGCUGCUGCAAGAAAAUGCGAAGAAACGGAUUUGCGUACCGGACUGCGACGCCACAGACUCAUCCAGUGGGGAUGAGGAGAAUGUUGAAGGAGAAAAGUCCAAGCGACAUGAACUGACGGGUGCCAAGGAAAUCGUCAUUGAGAAUGGAAAGACCCAGGUCAUUUCAAAGAAGAAAUCCAAAGAGAGGAAACAUAAAAAGCUGCUGCAAGAAAAUGUGAAGAAACGGACUCACGUGCUGGACCAUGACACAACAGACUCAUCUAGUGACGAUGAGGUGAAGGCUGAAGGAAAGAAGUCACAGCAGCAGGAAAAGACGUGUGCAAAGGAAAUCACCUUUGAAAAUGGAAAGACCGAGGUCAUUUCAAAGAAGAAAUCCAAAGAGAAGAAAGAUAUAAUGCUGCUGCAAGGAAAUGUAAAUAAAUACCGAGGGGUUAGACAGCGGAAAUGGGGCAAGUGGGCGGCAGAGAUUCGAGACACAAGAAAGAGAACUCGAACUUGGUUGGGAACUUUUGACACUGCUUAUGAAGCUGCUUUGGCUUAUGACAAGGCGGCCAUUGAAAUAAGAGGUGCUAAUGCUUUGACAAACAUCAUCAAGCCGCCACCACGAAAGGAGAUCAACAUCAUCUUCAAGAUACCAUCUUUACCAGCGGAUGAUGCUAGGGUUUGAUAAUGCUUCCCAACUUUACUGUACCUUUUUUCGAUUGGUAAACUUGGAAGUUCCCAACUAAUUGGUAUGUUCUUUUUCUUAAAGCAUGUGAUGUGACCAUGACAUGUUUUCCGGAACAUUAUGAACAAAGAAGCUUCUGUAUUUAUCAAUCUCUUCUUCUACUCCUUCCUUCAAGUUUGUGGAACAGGGGAUUGAUAAUGCUUUUUAUAUUUGCUGCAUGUUUUUUAUGUAUAGGUAACUGUUGCUUGCAUUGUUAACUGGUUUAUACUUCA